AUGCUAAAGCUUGGUUCCGAUCACCUGUACGUCCUCACUCUAAUAUGGGUGAUUAUCACAAAAAGCCGAUACUUACUUACGCAGCCGCUCGAUUCGAAAGUUAUCUGCAAGAUCAGAAGUCUCCAGCUGUUUACUCAGUCCCACAAUCAAGGCUGGGCCUCAUUACCAGAUGCGGGAAUUUGGACGUGGUUUGAGCUUGCUAUCCUGGAGAAUUCGAUGUCCCCAGGUCCAAGAGUUAAGGAUGGAAUUGAGCUAGUCUGGACAAGUCAUCGUCAGAAUUCCUUGUCCAAAAAGCUUCAAUGGGAAGGCAACGUAAUCACUGUUCGAAUGUGCGCACGCUUCGACCUAUGGAAAAUCAAAGCUAGUGUUGGAUAUAUGGUGAUUGAAAUUGGUGAUACUGAAGUAUGCCAGGAGCCGGUCAACUACGGGCCGGAAAUCGGCAAAGUCAAAAUAAUGGCAGAGGUGGUCCAGGGGUUCAAUGAGCUGACAAGUGCAGCAUACAAACCUAAUCUUCCCGAUGGCAACAUUCGAGCUGACGCCCUAAGCGAUAAGAAGAUACCUUUGCGGGUACUUUCACUGGAUGGCGGAGGCAUGCGCGGACUGUUGUCUCUGCACAUUUUAAGGAGAGUCAUGGGGCAGGCACACCCAGGGAGAAAGCCUUGCGAAGUUUUUGACAUGAUCGGCGGAACCAGCACUGGGGGUCUGAUAGCUAUCAUGUUGGGAUGUCUGCAGAUGACGGUUGACGAAUGCAUUGACCAAUACGAGAAGCUGGGUGACCAGGUGUUCGAAUCUGGGUUGUUAGGGAAGACAGCAGAUUUUUUUCGGAACAAAACAUACUAUGAUGGCGAAGUGCUGGCGCAGGAGAUCAAAAAAAUCAUCAAGAAGAAGCUUGGCAACGAUGACAUCAAAAUGCGGGACGUGCAAAGUUCUUGUCGGGUAUUUGUCCUAGCUGUGCGUAAGGAUGCAGCCAACAAUCGCGCACCAGUAUUCCUACGCUCCUACGACAAUAAAAAUGACCUCACCCUCGUACCGAAAAUCAAGCUCUGGGAGGCCGCCCGAGCAACAAGCGCUGCGCCCGCCUAUUUCCCUUCAAUCGAGAUUGACAAAUACCACCUCGUGGAUGGUGGCCUCGGGGCCAAUAAUCCUGUUGGAUGGCUUUGGAGCGAGGUCCUAAGUGUCUUCGGCCCUAAUCGCCCCACGUCUUGCUUCCUCAGCAUUGGCACAGGAAUACCCGCUAAUGAACCACUCGUGGACCCAGGCGUUAUGGGUAGUCAUGCCGUAGAAAAGUCUUUUGCCAGCAUCGCUACGAACAGUGAAAUUAGUCAUAUCCUUUUCCGGGUUCUCAUUGACGCUUUUGCCCCGAGACCCAUGAUUCCUAAGUACUGUCGGCUGAACGUUGGUGUGGCAGUGCCUGCAUGGGAGGAUGAAAAGGGGUGGGGGCUGUGGAAGCGUACGGAGCAUCAUCUGGACAACUACAAGAGUGUGCCUGAUUUGGACGAUACAAAGGGAGUGAAAGAUUUCGUUGAGAUGACCAGAGCUUACAUAAGAGAAGAUGAGAUAAGGAAAUCUGUCCAAUACUUGACAGCUGUGGUUGAGGCCUAG